GACUCGGAUAUUCUCGUCAUCCCCAACAAAUAUGUCGAGGAACUGCGCUCUAUGCCCGAUGCACAGAUCAGUGCCAUCCAGGCUCACAUCAAGGUAUGUCUACUUCUUCUGAUUCGCUGUAUAAUGCUAAUUCCUGCAGAACCUUCUUGGAAAAUACUCUACCACGCUGAUUCUGCUGGAGAGUGACUUGCACACUCGCAUGCUGCAGACAAAGCUUACCCCCAACUUGGGCUCUUUCGUCGGUGUCAUCGAGUCUGAACUCGCCUUUGCCAUGGACAAGGAGAUCCCCAAGGAUCUGGAUGUCUGGAAGAACGUCUCUCUCUACCACAUCGUGCUGCGCAUCGUCUCCCGCAUCUCCGCCCGUGUCUUCUUGGGUAACCCUGCCUGCCGCAACGAGGAAUGGCUCGACACCUCGAUCCAAUACACCGAGAACGUCUUUGGCACUGUCAUGCUCCUCCGUCGCCUACCCAAGUUCGUGCACCCUAUCGUCGCUCAUUGCCUCCCCAGCUACUGGCGUCUCCACUCCAACCUGCGCACCGCCAAGCGGAUCAUCAGCCCCAUGGUCAACCAGCGCCGCGCUGAUCAGGCAAAGAACGACCCCAGCUACGAGAAGCCCAAUGAUAUGCUGCAGUGGAUGAUGGACGCCGCCAACGAGAAUGAUGGCCAGCCCGACAAGCUGUCCCACCGCCAGCUGCUCCUCAGUUUGGCUUCCAUUCACACCACCACCAUGUCCGCUGCCCACACCAUGUACGAUCUCUGUGUCCACCCGGAAUACUUUGAGCCCCUGCACCAGGAAGCCCUCGAGGUCCUCCGCGAAGAUGGUGGCUGGAAGAAGACUACCCUGAACAAGAUGCGCAAAUUGGACAGCUUCCUGAAGGAGAGCCAGCGAGUUAACCCCCCCAGUCUGUUGGCUUUUAACCGCAUUGUUUCGAAGGAUCUGACCCUCUCCGAUGGCACAGUUCUUCCCAAGGGAACCCACUUUGGCAUGCCCGCCGCCGCGAUCCUCCAAGACACCGAGAACGAGCCCAACGCCGACCAAUUCGAUGGAUUCCGCUACUACAAGAAGCGUAUGAACCCAGCGGAGGCCAACAAGCACCAGUUCGCCAUGACCGACAACAACAGUCUCCACUUUGGCCACGGAAAAUACUCCUGCCCCGGCCGAUUCUUCGCCUCCAACGAGAUCAAGAUCAUCAUGGCCCACCUGCUGAUGGAGUACGAGUUUCAGUACCCAGAGGGCGCGGCCCGACCCAGAAAUCUGACGGCGGACGAGAACCUCUACCCGGAUCCAUCUGCACGUCUGCUCAUGCGGAGAAGAGUGGCGGAGCCGAACACGCAUGCGGUGGAUUUGGAGACCGCUGCUGCAACCACUCCAGCUGCCGUCUCGGCAUAAAGGCUGAUCGACAAAAAAGGAUUGAUGGAUGAAAUAGGAUCAGGGGGAUCGGAGAAACUGAUAAAAGAUAUUGGUUUUGGAGGAGGAUCAGAAUCGUGCGCAAUUAGAAUAAUUGUUUAGAAAUCGUUUGUCGUUUAGUUUAUCGUUUAGUGUUUCAUGAAUCAUGUUUUUUCUUGAAAAAAAAAUAACCAACCAAUCCAUAAGCCAAUCCAUUAGCCAUCUCCUCGGAAGAAGCAAGCGAUCCAAUCGAUCCAUCGCAUGUAGUCUGACAAAAUGGAGAAGCGAAGAUCAUUAGUGAAUAGUGC